CCCAGCAGCCCUCGCGCAACUAACGCCAGAGAGGUGAGCGCAUGCGCGCGAGGAUCACGUUGUGUGUUCGUCCUCAGGUGGCGCUCGCCUGGUUCAGCUCGGUGCGUGAGGAGAGGGUUCUAUGUGCUGCUGGGCAGGGGUUCCUCUCACUGGAGGCUGCUGAUGUGGGUAUUCUCAUCUUUUCUGUGUGUUUCACCAUCGGUACUCUUUACCAGCAGUUGUUUAAUCAAUUUGUAAUAGAGAAGACUCAGUAGGAGAAAAUGUCAAAUCUAAAAAUGAAAGAGGCCGCCCUUAUCUAUCUUGACAGAAGUGGAGGCCUCCAAAAGUUUAUAGAUGAUUGCAAGUUCUACAAUGAUUCAAAACAAAGUUAUGCAGUCUAUCGAUUCAGUAUUUUAAUAAAUCCCUCUGAUAUUGUUGAAUUGGAUGCUGAACUUGGAAAUUACAUUUUACACCAGCCACUAAAAGCUGCUCAAGUUUUUCAAUCUGUCUGUUUUAUUGCUGUUAAGACUCUUUCACUAAUUGGACAAUUACAGACUGAAGCUCAAAUUAAUAUAGUGCUGAAGUUAACACAUUUACCUCCUCUGCGAAGUUAUAGUCUUGAUCUUUGUGAAUUUCCACUUGAUUAUGCAUCUCAAAGAUUUUAUAUGAUGCAAGGUAUUGUGAUUGCAAUGACAACUGUAACCAAGUACACACAAGGUGCAAGAUUUCUUUGUUCAGAUGAAGCAUGCCCUCUGUCGAAAGGAUUUGAAUAUAUAAGAGUGCAUGUGCCUGGUGCUACUGAAUCUGCAACAGUAAGAAAUGACUUUUUGUGUAAUCUGUGUUCAUCUUCACUUCAAGAAGACAGAAAAUUUAGAGUACUUGGUGAUAAACAGAUAGUUGAAAUAAUCACAGCAAAGGCACUUCAUGCUUUUCAAGGAUAUUCCAAUAACCAGCCAUUUAGGUUUCAAUCUCUUACAAUUUUUCUAAGGGAUGAAUCUGUGAGUAAAAUGAAUAUAGGAAAUGAGUAUAAAAUUAUUGGAAUUCCAACCUGUGUAAGAACUUCACAAACUGCUGUCUGUAUAGAGGCAAACAGUAUCAUUUCUUGUAAUCCAGAAGUUCCUUCAGGAAUAAGCGACAAUUUUAGGUAUCUCCUCUCUUUGACUUCCAGCUCAUGCUGGAAAUUUACAGCGAUACUUGCCAAUAUCUUUGCAUCACAAAUUGUUCCUCCUGGGACUUACAAUUUGCUCAAGCUAUGUUUGCUGAUGAGUCUAGUACAGACAAGUGACCGUAACAAGGAACUGAAAGAUUGCCUGGAUAUUUUAAUCAUGACAAGUGAUACUCUACUUGUAGACAGGCUUUUGAAUUUUAGUAUAAAACUUGUGCCUCGUGGCAUACGUCAUCCAGUCUCUACUGAAAUUUUUCCUACUCUAUCCAGGAAUAAGUAUGGAACUGGAGCAGUUAGUAUUCAAGCUGGCAGUGCUUUGCUAGCUAAAGGUGGUAUCUGCUUUAUAGGAGACUUGGCUUCACACAAAAAAGAUAAACUAGAACAGCUUCAAUCAGUUGUGGAAAGCAGAAGCAUCACAGUAUACAUCCCAGGAAAGAAGUUUGGGGAUGAUAUUAAUCAACAAAUGACUUUUCCAGUUCAGUGCAGUUUUUGGUCUUUUGUUGAUAUGGAUUCAUCUUCAAAGAGAAAUAUGCAGAAAACCAACACUCUUAUUGGUCGGAUGGAUUGCAGUUUGAUUCCAGCUAAUCUUGUAGAGGCGUUUGGAUUAUUGAUUAACUGCAAUGAAUCAUCUUCUUGCUACCCACUUAUUUCUACUGUGCAACACACUUUAAAGAAAGCCAUCGAUCCUGAAGAGCUCCUUUAUGUAGCUUCUAAGAAGUUCACAACUGAAGAUUUUGAAAAGCUGCUGGCUUUUGCAAAGAAUUUGAAUGUAGAAUUCAGUUUGGAGGCAGAAAGAAUGAUCCAUGGCUAUUAUCUAGCAAGUCGCAGAAUCAGAACAGAUUCUAUAAGUGGAUCAAAACUGUCAGCAUCUGCAUUAAAAUAUUUAGUUUCCCUAGCUGAAGCUCAUGCUCGACUGAACUUAAGGAAUAAAGUGCUUAAAGAAGAUGUACUAAUUGCAGCCUUAUUGUUUGAAACAUCUCUCACACUGAAAUAUGGGGCCACUGUAUUUUGUGUUGCUCCAAAUGCAGUAUUUCCAUUUGAAUUGUAUAAUGAAGAAUAUUUGGAGCAAAGGGAUAUCUAUUUGAAUCAAUGCCAACAGCAGCUCCAACAGUUUAUUGCCACAUAUGGACCUGGGACAGCUAUUUUCACUAGUGAUGAAUAGGCAAUCUGAGGAAAAUCAUUUUCUUCACUCAUUAUUUAAGCAGUGGAAAGGUGUGAUUCUGAAGUAAUGCUUCAGGUAAUACUAUGUAUGGUAGUACAUUAGAAGGCUAUCUUAAAAAUAUAAAAGGUCUCAUUAUUAAAAAUCUGGUCGGGGGACCUGGGUGGCCCAGUUGGUUAAGCGUCCGACUUCAGCUCAGGUCAUGAUCUCACGGUUCGUGGGUUCGAGCCCCGCAUUGGGCUCUGUGCUGACAGUUCAGAGCUUGCUUCAGAUUCUGUGUCUCCCUCUCUGCCCCUCCCCUGCUCAUUCUCUCAAAGAAUAAAUAAACAUUAAAAAAAUAAAAAAAAGAAUCUGGAAACUAAGCAAUGUUUAAAAACGGUCACUUUUAUGUAGUUCUACUUGUCACAAGAUGGCAAUAACAGUCUAAAUGAGAAUAUUUACCUAAAAAUAAAUCAUUUUUCUCGCACCUGUGAACCUGACAAAUGGAGUAAAUAACAGCAACAUAAAGCAGAAGCCUCCAAUUUAAGGACAUUUCCUACUUCAUUACUUUUUAUGUCCAUUAUAUAGUUUUGGAAGCCCUAAUUAUGAAUUCAGGGAAAGCUUGGAAAUUUUCCAUUUUUUAAAGCCAGGUUAAAUGAAAAAAAGUAAUUUAUAACAAAUCAAGGGGUAAGAAUUGGCUCCUUGAACCUAACUGGUUACAAGAAAGGCACCAAAAGGCAAACCCAAUUUGCAAACCAUCUUCAUUUUUGGAGGGAAGAGAUCUAUUCUGAAAAGGUGUGUGUGGGGAAAGAGAAAAUAUAUUUAACUUGUAAAAUCCCCAAAUCCUUUUCAUUUUUCAAAGGUUUAAUAUGUUAAUUUUUAAAAUGUUUUUGAGAGAACAGUGUGAGUGAGGGAGGGCCAGAGAAAGGAGACCCAAAAUCUGGAGCAGACUCCAAGGCCCAAAUGGGGCCUGAAUAUACCAACCAGGAGAUCCGGACCUGAGCCAAAGUUGGACACUUAAAGCAGUUGAGCCACCCAGGUGUCCCAAUAAGUUAAUUAUAAAAAAAAUAAGAUACUACCAUGCCGAUUCUUUAGAAACUGGCACUUUAUGGAGCUAAACCAUAAAGGUUGACAGCUCUCUAUAGGCCUUUGACAAAUCAUUCCUACUCAUUCAAAAGUAUUUACUGAAUAUUCACUAGUUUCAGAGACUUGUGUUACUUUUUCAGAAUGCAAAGCUAGUUUUGUUUUUGUCUUUUAAGCUUUUAUGUAUUUUUUGAGAGUGUGGGAGAGAAUCCCAAGCAGGCUUCAUGCUCAGUGUGGACAUGGGGCUGGGCUCCAUUUCAUGACCUGAGCCGAAAUGGAGUCAGCAAAGCCAGUUUUUAAAAACAAUUUACAUAUUACAGUUCUAGAAUUCUAGACUUGCCAUAAUGAAAUUAUAACCUAGAUAAAAGCACUCAACAGGGGAAAAGCAAGAUUUAGCUAAGUUCAAGUCUUCAGAGUUAAGAAUUCAGCUUUAGAAUUCCUAUAAAUUCUAAGUCCUGGUUGGAA